AGCUUUUCUAACAGGGAUUUGUCCAAGCGAGGGCUCAUGGGUUUCACUUCAAAAUCAACCUGCAAGGGGGCUUGUCAGACCGAUUCGGCCCAUCUUUUUCUUCAGCAGAGAUCUAAUCCCACCAUGUAGAAUGUUUGGAGGAUACAUUUGAACCAUUUUAAAUCUUCAAAAUACCAAUUUGUUUUGCAAUCUGCUGUAUAACAUCAAUCAUGUCGGCGGAAAAUUAUGAAUGCAUCACACAUGUCGUUCCAGGACAGCACAUCAGGCACUAUGCCCGGGGUACUUCUGAGCGCCAGGAAGAUGAGUUGAAGUUAGUUGUUAAGCAGUACAAACCUCGUUACUCACAAUCAAGGAACUCCACGGCCGUUACUAUUAUUGGAAGCCAUGCUAGCGGGUGUCCAAAAGAACUAUAUGAACCAGUAUGGAACGAAUUGUUUCAACGCACAAAAUCAAACGAAUCUUUCAGUAUUAAAAACAUAUGGUUUGCUGAUAUUGCUAAUCAAGGAGCAAGUGGUGUUCUCAACGAGAGAAAUCUGGGUUCAGAGCGUAAGUAUCUACAACACUCCAUAGCAAGUUGUGCUAAGUGGGAAAGCUUCCUAUCUUGACCAUGCUCGGGAUCUUCUUCUCAUGGUCAAUCACUUCCGCGAGGAAUUGCAAAGACCUAUCGUGGGUAUUGGACAUAGCUUGGGUGGUUGUGUAAUGAUCAAUCUCGCUCUACUCCAUCCUCGUCUUCUUACCACGGUCAUCGCCAUCGAGCCCGUGAUCAACAAAAAUGGGCUUGAGAAGCAUUUUACAGGUGCUUACCCGAUUACGUUCAAAAGGGACACUUGGCCCACACGAAAGGAAGCCGAAGACUAG